UCUUGGCUAGGCCCCACCCCAGCCCGGGUCAUAAUGGACACCUCUGGGGAUGGUAGGGUGAGGGAGAGUGAGACUGGGACCUGAUGCCAGGCCAGCCUGGGCACAACAAGAAGCAUCAUGACUUAGGUGGCUCUGCCCAAAGGUAAGUCCUAAGCCCUAGUUCAAAGCCCAAUCCUGCCCAUGCUGGUAUCCUCCUGACCCCUGCAUCCCCACCUAUCCAGAGGUCCUGGGCAUCUCCAGGGCUGCUCCUGCAGCUGGACUGGCCCUGUCCACAGGUGCACCAGCCGUGAUGCAGCAGCCACGAGUGGAGACGGAUAUCAUCGGGGCUGGCGAGGGGCCGCAGCGGGCAGUGUCCUGGUCAGCCUGGGUCACCCGUCAGGACUGGGGGCGCUGGUGGGCAUGCCACAUGCCUCGGAGCUGGGCCCAGUGGUGGAAUACAUCAGGCUGGCGGCAACCACUACAGCGUAUGCUAUGGGGUCUGGAGGGGACACUCUACCUGAUGCUGGCACUGAUGCUGUGUCAUGCACUCUUCAGCACUGGCUCCUACCUGCUGAGUUCCCUGUGGCCUGUGGUGGCUGUGGUGUGGAGCCACCUGCUGCCAGCCAUCCUGCUGCUGGUGCUCAGUGCCCUGCCUGCUCUGCUCUUCGCUGCCUCCUUCCUGCUGCUCUUCUCCACACUGCUGAGCCUUGUGGGCUUGCUUACCUCCAUGACUCACCCAAGCUAUGCUCAGGACUUGGACCAAUAGAAGGGCAACCCAUCUUACCGCCUGUGUCUGUUGAGCCCUGGCCUAGGGCCUGAGCCCUGUGGGGAGGGAGGGCAGUGGAACUUCAACAGA